GAAUGAUAUAUAUAUAUAUAUAUAUACAUAUAUAUAUAGAUAGAUGGGUAAGAAAGGAAGUUGGUUUUCUUCAGUAAAGAAGGCUCUCACCUCUGAUCCCAAAGAAAAGAAAGCCAAGAAAUCAAAUAAAUUGAAGAAGCUAUGGUUUGGGAAAGAAAAGCCAUCGGUUUCAGUUUCCGAUUCCGAUUCUCCAAACGAAGAACCCGUGGUAUCGAUAUCUCACCCUCAUCCUCUUCCGCUUUUGGAAGAUGUAAAGUUGGUAGAGGAGGUGGAGAAUGAGCAGUCUAAAAAUGCUUACUCUGUUGCGGUUGCUACUGCUGCAGCUGCCGAGGCGGCAGUAGCUGCCGCAGAGGCUGCAGCAGCUGAGGUUGUUCGAUUAACAUCCGUUUCUCAGUUCGCCGGGAAAUCCGUCGAGGAAGUGGCCGCCAUUAAAGUCCAAACUGCCUUCCGUGGUUAUUUGGCGAGGAGAGCAUUACGAGCUCUAAGAGGGCUGGUUAGACUGAAAUCACUUGUUGAUGGUCCCACGGUGAAACGUCAAACGGCAAAUACUCUGAAAUGCAUGCAGACUUUAUCUCGCGUGCACUCUCAGAUUCAAUCUAGAAGGAUUAGAAUGUCUGAGGAGAAUCGUGCACUCCAAAGGCAGCUCCUUCAGAAACGUGCAAAGGAACUCGAAAGUUUGAGAAUGGGAGAGGAAUGGGACGACAGUCUACAAUCGAAAGAGAAAAUCGAGGCCAAUUUGCUGCACAAGUUCGAAGCUGCAAUGAGGCGCGAAAGAGCACUUGCUUAUUCAUUCACUCAUCAGCAAACAUGGAAAAAAUCAUCAAAAUCGACAAACUUACUAUUCAUGGACCCGACAAAUCCACAAUGGGGAUGGAGCUGGUUGGAGCGGUAUAUGGCCGCUAGGCCGUGGGAAUCUCAAACCACACCAGAAAAAGAUUCCACCAAAACCGCCGCAAAUAUCGGCGGAGAAAUUACAAAAUCUUUCGCCCGUCAUCAAUUAAACUCCGAUAAUAAUAUUAUUGUAACGUCAACUCCUUCAAAAGCAGCAUCUUCGUCCUCCUCUAGAAAACCGAAGCCUUCGAGCCCAAGAGGAGGAGGAGGAGUGGGGGGCAGUACCGUAAUAAGUCAAGAAGAAGAUUCUAGAAGCAUUUUCAGCGUCCAAUCAGAACGCAACAGGCGGCACAGCAUUGCCGGUUCUUCCGUUAGAGACGAUGAGAGCUUGGCCAGCUCUCCUUCUUCCGUGCCGAGUUAUAUGGCGACAACUCAUUCGGCGAAAGCUAAGUCGAGAUUGGGAGUAAUGGAGAAUAAUGAUAAUACAUUGGAGAAGGGUUCUUCUCCGGCGGGGUCCGUUAAGAAACGGCUUUCUUUUCCUCCUUCGCCAGCUAGGCAGAGGCGGCACUCUGGCCCUCCGAAAGUCGAUAUGAGCUUUUCGAUUGCUGAUAAUCUAGUUGUCAAUGGGGGUGCUUGAUUUCACUUAUUAUUUGAUUUUUUAGAUUGUUUGUUAUUUGUUCAUUAUAUUGUCUUAUGGGGCUUGGCUUGAGGUUUGAUUAUUUGUGUGAUUUUUUUACAUUUUAUAUUUUAUUUACUUGGAUACAGAUUUACAUUUUGUUGUUUCAAUGUUGUCGAGAUUUGUUAUACUGAGAAUUAAUUACUACUUUAGAAAGGAUAAACUCAUAAAAGUACACUAUUUCGAGUGAUUGUUAUGAUAAUUUUCAUAUUUCUCUUGA